AUAAAUUAAGUGUUUCCAUGGCCGUCAAUACUCCGUCUUUACACGAAGGACCCCGACGCGUUUGCUUACACGAAAAGUCGCCCCUCUUCCCUUUCCGUUCGCCGCUCUGUUCCUCGCACCGUCUCCUCCCCCGAUCCAUCGAUCUCCUCCUCUUCCUCAUCCAUGGACUCCAAGGUAGUCAUCGCUUUCGUCCUCGUCUUCGACGUUGUCGCCUUCGCCCUCGCCAUCGCCGCCGAGCAGCGCAGGAACACGGCCCAGGUGGUGCCGGACUCCGAGAAGGAGUACACCUACUGCGUCUACGACUCCGACAUCGCGACGGGGUUCGGCGUCGGAUCCCUUCUCCUCCUUCUGCUGAGCCAGCUCAUCAUCACGGCCGUCACCAGGUGCUACUGCUGCGGCCCCUCGCUCCGCCGUGGCGGAUCCCGCUUUUGCGUCUUCCUCCUCCUUCUCUCUUGCUGGUUGACGUUUCUGGUGGCGGAGGCGUGCCUGCUUGCGGGAUCGGUGCAGAACGCGCGGCACACGCGGUACCGGGGCUUCUACUUCAUGAACGACCCGUCGUGCGAGGUGCUGCGGAAGGGCGUGUUCGCCGCCGGCGCGGCCUUCGUCGCCCUCACCGCGAUCCUUUCCGUGUUCUACUACCUCUUGUACGCCAAGGGCCGGGACUCCAGCUACCGCAUCGCCGAGUCGGCCAUCGGGAUGAACUCCUUUAGCUAGAGAUUUUUCUUGCUUAUUUUCCCCCUUUUUUUUUUCCUAGGAGAAAAAAGAAAACGGCGUGUUUACUACGGGGCUUGGCGUUAGUUGUCGCGUUUGUUGAUUUCGUUACUGAAUACAUAUGAGAUAGCGAUGAUAAUUUUUAUUAUUAUUCGAAAGAUAAUUCAUCAUCA